GGGCUCGGAGCCGGCCAUGAGGCGCUUGGAAGAGGAUUCUGAGGUCUACAAGAUGCUGCAGGAGAACCGGGAGCUGCGGGCGGCCCCGAGACAAUCCAGCACCUUUCGUCUGCUGCAGGAGGCUCUGGAGGAUGAAGGCGGAGCUGGCCCCACAGCCCCCUUCCCCAGCCGCCUCUCCCCCAGCGCCCGCAAACCGGUGGCCGGUGUCCAGAAGCUUCACGUCUGUGAGAAAUGUGGCAGCACCAUCGCGACGCAGGCGGUGAGGAUCCAGGAGGGCAGGUACCGGCAUCCUUCCUGCUACGCCUGCGCCGACUGCGGCCUCAACCUCAAGAUGAGGGGUCACUUCUGGGGGGGGGACGAGCUCUACUGCGAGAAGCACGCCCGCCUGCGCUACCAGGGGGGGGCCACCACCUCCGUCGCCCCCCCACACACCCUUUCCCCCCACUCCUGAACCCCAAAAUGGGGCACGGUGCGAUGGGGAGCUCGCCACCUGCAUCCCCCCCCUCUAAAAAAAUCCC